UACAAUUUUGGAAAAGUCUCUGGCAACGCUGGAAUUUUGUCAAAUUUUGUUAUUGCAUUUUUGAAAGUUGCUCACUAAUUUUAAAGUUAAUUAGCUUUCUCUGAAGUUAAUCAAAUAAAAUUCAAAAAUGAGUACCAUGCCAGUGAGUUCUUCCACUUUAUUACCAUUAGAAUUGGUCGAUAAAUGCAUAGGUUCUCGGAUCCACAUUAUCAUGAAAAACGAUAAGGAAAUUGUAGGAACACUUUUAGGCUUUGAUGAUUUUGUUAACAUGCUACUGGAAGAUGUUACGGAGUACGAGACAACACCUGAAGGAAGGCGCGUUACAAAACUAGACCAAAUAUUGUUAAACGGAAAUAAUAUUACUAUGUUAGUUCCGGGAGGUGAUAUGCCAGAAUAACAUAAUAUUAAUAUUUAGGUUUAAGAAUAAAAACAGAUAUUUAUUUUUUGGAAAAAUAUUGUUUAUUUUUAAUCACAUCCUUCUUAACAUACAUGUAAUAUAUACAAGUUACUAAGCAUUAUUACUUGAAAUGCUAAUUCUUACUGAAACCACAUUUUUUCAUUAUAUACACAUAGUCGUACAAUGUGGUUUUAUGUAACUUUUAAGAGAGCAACUAUUAAACACUGUUUUCAGAACUAAAACACAUCACUAAUUGCUUAUUUUUAAGUGGUUUUAUUUUCAAUGCUCAGUAUUUUUCAGGAAAAAAAUAUUUUUACAAACGGGCAAUUCCAUGUACGACGUUAAUUUUUUUAUAUAUUUUAAGUGAUUAAAUUACUGAAAAAACUCUCAUCAUACGCCUCAAAAAGAAUCAAAUUUCUUAAAAAAUUAUCUUAUAUUAUCUAAGUUGGCCAGAUUUCGCGAAAAAAUUUAGGGAUAAAUUAUUAGAAUUAGUUUGUAAAAAAUCUUUAAUAAUUGCAUUUUAUAUGAAGAGUUGCCAUGGAAAAACAAAAGAACGCUACCUCUGGGCCUGGUGCGCGUCAUUUACUGUUUUGUUGUCAAGCCUUUGUGUACUGGUGUAUUUUUGUGCCAAAUGUAAGUAAAAAUUACUUUAAUUUAAUUACAAAUAUAGCUCAACUUUUUGUCCCGUGAGUAAUCAAAAAAGAAAAGUUUUUCAAUUUUUGUCGUUGUUUCUAUGAAAACCAGUAUAAAGGGAAUCAAACUUAUAAUCCUAUAAUAUAUUGGCUAACAUGUAUUAAGAUUCUUGGAAAUAUAUUUUUUUAAAUUUGUUUAAACUGUCCCAUGAGUAAUCAGUUAAAAGUUACAGCAUAACAUUUUGCUGUAAACAUGCUUUUUUAAAGAAAUGCGUUUAUUAUUUUACCAAAAAUAUCAAAAAACAUCAUUUUUACUAACAUUACAAGACCCAUCGCCAGUUUUAUUACUUAUUAGUUAAUAUCGACUUUUUUUAAAAAUAAUUGUUGAAAACAUCAAUACAAAAUAACGGUCAUAGGUUCUUUUUAUUUAAAGAUAGCAAAAAUUAAGAAUCAUGAGAGGCAGGCACGAGUUAGGAGUCCGGUUAAAAAGUAUCGAGACAAAAUUAAUGCGGACAAAAAUUUAAGGCAAGCGUAUCUUAAUAAACAUGCCGAGAAUUAAAAAAUUAAUAUAAUUGAAAAUUAAAAAUUAUAAAUGAAUAGAAUUGAAAAUUAAUAUAAUCCUAAUAAAUUCCGAUGAAAUUGAAGCAGCUAAAAUUAAAUUAGAUGAAAAAUGGAAUCUAGUUAAAAGAGUACCAAAUACAACAAGUUUUCAUAGUUUUAGGAAUUUUAGUAAUUAUCAAAUUGAGGUUAAAAAGGUGUUUAAUUCCAAGCACUCAAAUAUUGUUCAAUGUUAUUCUAUUUAGCUAUCAAAUAUUAUGUUAUUUUUUUGAAUCUAAAUAAAAAUUUAUAUUAAAAUUGUAGUGUCCCGUGAGUAAUCAACAAAUUAUUUAUAUCCCAAAUAUAUCUGUCUGUAUCUUGUAAUACAGCUAUAGCAAAUUAAUUUUAAGUUCAGCACAUGUAAGUUCCCAACUCCACUUAAUGUAUUUUGUUUUGUAUAGGUUCAUAGAAAAAAGCUAUUAAAAACAAAAUUUUAAAAAUCCAAAUUUUUUGAUGUCCUGUGGAUAAUCAUAGAUUUUUUAUUAAUGUUUUAAUCACUAUAAAUUUCAAUAUCUUGUUCUGUAUCACAACAGUAAUUCAAAUCAUUGUCUGUGAAAAUAAUAACCUAAAGCUUGACCUAGCCCAUAUGAGGGACAAAAUACACUUUCUUAAAAUUUUGUUGUUAUUCUAAAUUUCCCGUGAGUAAUCAUGGAAUUGCCCAAACUUGAUUAAAUACACUAAGAUUUCCAAAUUAGA